AUGCCCUGGCAACCUCUGCCUCGAAUCGCCUUCGCUAUAGCGACCUAUCCAUUCGCGCCCCAGGAGCCUCGAGAUCUCCCCCUCGAAAUCGGCGACGAGUUAUACAUCAUAGAGGAGACCACAGAUGGCAAUUGGCUCCGUGGAUACCUGGUCGCACAGCCCUCUCUGCUUGCCGGCCUGACCUCCGUCAAGGGCCAGACCCUCGAGGCCCGCAUAUAUAAUGGCAUCUUCCCGCGCAGCUGUGUCGAGAUACGUGAAGUCCUAGGCGAGCCCGACGAUGUCGAGAACCGCGACGACGAGGAGGGCAGCGACGCCGCCGCCGGCGGCAGGUCGAGAAAAUGGACAAAGGACGUGCCCCUCGGCACAAAUGGGAAGCUCUCCGUCCCGGUCACACGGGAUCCCGACGCCCCCCGGCCUCAGGCUCCCGUGCCGAUGCUCAAGAUCGGCGACGAGACGCCCACGUCCGCCUCCGAGCCUCUUAUCGACGAGAUCGCCUCCUGCCUGCGCGAGUGGCACUCCACCAACCUGCACGAGCUCCUCCUGUCGCGCCAGUAUCCCAGGCUCGACGGCCUGUCCCAGCUCGUCACCGCCCUCUACUUUGCGAGGCAGCAGUUCCUACACAACGUCCUCACUGCCUGGGAGUACACACAUCUGCGCGAGAGGACUGUCUGGGACCUGGUCCGCAUGAACAAGCUCUGCGGCGGCGAGGUUAUCGUGCGCGACCCCAAUGAGCGCGGCCGUGUCCUGACCGGCGACGACUCCGUGGUCGAGGUCACCAAGCUGCAGUCCGUCAUGAGUUUGCUGGACGAGCCUCCCCGUCCCAUCGUCGAGCUCACCUCCCUGCAUCAUCUCCUCGUCGACAUCCGAAGCUUCGCCGGCAUCGUCAGCGGCUCGACCACCCUUGUCCUGUACCUCGUGAGGAAACCACUCUCCGGGUCGCUCGUCCAGCUGUCAGAGUGCUACAGCAUCGACGUGCCGUCCGACGGGGCCAUGAGCGCCCUGGGCAAGAACGCCCACGCGCCCAUGCGGACCCUCUUUACGGAUCUGUCGCCCCAGGACACAGGAAAUGUUCCCUCGGCCGAUUCCGAGAUCUAUCUGGUCGUCAAGGUCUAUACAGCCGAGCAGCUUGUCUCAGGAAAGCCGCGAUCGAGGUCUGGCUCUGUGUCCCGGGAAACUGCGCCAUAUCAUGCCACCGGCGCGGCGCGGCCGCCACUGUCGAGUGGGAACAAGUCUAUGCGUCGGAGUCUGAUGUGGGGAAGUAAGAGCUCGAGAACCGCGGCGGCGCGAGGCUCUGCCAUGGCCAAGCUCGACGAGGCCGCAGACGAGAGGCCCUCUUCCAGUGCGACAGGCGAGAGCAGGGAUGGCUCGCGGCCACCAGGGACUGCGCAUUCAAAAACCUCCCAGACCUCGAGCGACGGCUCUGGGACUACCAUGGCAGAUCGACUCGCUGGGGUCGGGUGUCUGAAGUUGAACGCCAUCAUGAAGCAAGACGAAGAGGUCGAGCAGGUCGUCAACAUCUGGUCGCCGUCGCUGAGGUGGACGUCGGAGAAGGAAGAUGGCGGCGACUGGGAUCCAGUCCUCCGAGAUUUGCUGGACAGCAGCUCUGGGCAAUACGAAAGGUCGAGGACGGCAGAACGACUGCAGGUGCGCCUCAAGGCCUUCGAUCACCCGGACUCUGACGUGCUCGUCAAGGCCACGCCGACCUUGCUGUCAGGCAUCUCCAAGACGAGGAAGAUGGGGUUCUCAGGGGCGCCGACAAAGCCAAGGUCCGACAUUUACAUUACGCUCGACGGGGCUGCAUUGUCUAAGCAGACGCUUCUGUCGAGAUAUGGCGGCAGCGCGACGUCCAUGCUCACAAGCUGGCCAGGGAACAAUCUUCAGGUCACGGUGGAGGUGCGAAAACCAUCUGGUGAACUGAUCGAAGGCUGUAUUUUUCCGUCUGCGAAUUCCGACGGCCUCGAUACCUGGCACUCAAUUGCAGUGGAGGCCAAUGCGCCGUGGAGACAGACCCUGCGCCUCAACCUGGACGACCAAGAUGUCUCGAGUGCUCACGUGGUUAUGUACCUGGCCAACAUGCCCAACGCGCCGUUUGCGAUGGCAUAUCUUCCCCUGUGGGACCAGCAGGCUUUCGUCCGAGACGGGAUGCACGGACUGCUGCUGUACAAGCUCGACGAGUUCACGGUGUCGGCACAGGCCGGUCCAGCGGGCAAAGGAGGAUAUCUCACCCUGCCCUGGGGCGCAAAGGGUCACUCGGCCGAGGUCACUGGCCCAAUAGCGAUCCUGCGACUCGAAACCUAUCUCUGCAGCACGAGGUACUCCCAGGACCGCGUCAUCCUGGCCCUGCUGAAAUGGAGGGACCGACCCCGAGAGGAGAUACCAAGUCUGCUCCAGGAAUUCAUCUUUGUGGAUGAGAUUGAGAUUGUGAAGCUGCUCAACGACGUCUUGGAUGCACUCUUCAGCAUCCUCGUCGAGUGGUCUGGUAAUGAUGAAUACGAGGACUUGGCCUUCACGGCUCUGGUCCGAGUGCUGGACAUCACCCACGACAGGCGUUUCAACGUCGCACCGCUGGUGGACCAGUAUGCCGAGAGCAGGUUCAACUACCCCUUUGCCACGCCCUGUCUGGUCAGGUCCUUCACGCGGCUCCUGCAGAAGCCCACCGAGCCCGAGACGUCGAGGAAGCUCAGAGCUACGUUCAAGGUCACCCGACACAUUCUCAAGUUCAUCACCCACGGCCGUGACCAACAAAAGGCCAAAGAAGCCGGAAUCGGUAUUACGAGAACUGAUCCAGGUUUCACGCGGCACUUGCGGAGCAUCUUCAAGGCCCUUGACUCGAUGAUGCGCAGCACUGCGCCGGUAUUGGUCGGCAGCCAGACGUUGGCCGUCCAGCACUUCCAUACCUGGCUCCCUGAGCUCGCCGGGCUCCUGACGGCCGAGGAGAUCCUGCACAUAGCCAUCGAUUUUAUGGACUCAUGCUCGCUUGUCAAGGGCAAGCUCGUCCUGUUCAAGCUCAUCCUCAUCAUCAACUACGCCAGACUCGACAUCUUCUCCCACCCAGAGCAGAGAUCCGCGCUGAGUGCUAAUACCGUCAGGUGGAUCGCGCCACACUGGGGCCACACAGAAGAUGUGACAGACCUCUGGAAGGACCAGGUCCGCCUGUGCUGUUCGAUCCUGGCCAGCCAGGUUGACCACCUCGGGCCCGAGAUACCUGACUAUAUCCCCAAGAUCAUCGACUCCUACCUCUGCAUCCAGACAAAACCUCAGGCCCCCAAAACCACACUGUCUCUCCUGUUUCCCACGUCCUACCCCUUUCCCUCCAAGCCGACCCCGGAGAAGAUGGUGGUCGAGGAAGCACUUGUUGAGCUGUCCGCCGUCCUCUCUGCCCUCGCCAACUCGCCCAGCGGCAUGCAGCUGGAACUCACCGACGACGACCUGAGCAUGGUGCUCGAGAAUAUCCUCCUCGUGCACAUGAGCAUCCUGCAGGGCGAGGCUUUCCCGCCCGAGUGGCUCAGCGUGCACAUCUACCACCACAAGUCCACCAUGCGGACCUUGCAGUACCUGUCGGGCAUUAUGCUCGAAAGUUUCCUGCCGCAGCCCGACGAGGCCGACGGAUUCAACACGGAUCUCUGGAAGGCCUUCUUCACGACGCUACUGAAGCUGGUGGGCAGCCCGUCCCUUGCGCUCGAGACGUUCCCAGAACAAAAAAGGCGAGCCGUCUGGAAGAUUGCUGGAGAUGUUCGCGAGCAUGGCGCCGAGCUGCUGAGAAGGACGUGGGAGGCCAUCGGCUGGGACACAAGUCCCGACGAGAGGCAGCGCUACGGCCUGACCAGGAUGGGCGGCUACCAGGUCCAGUACGUGCCGACCCUUGUUGGUCCGAUCGUGGAGCUCUGCCUGAGCGUGCACGAAGGCCUGCGGAAGAUGGCAGUCGAGGUCCUGCAGACCAUGGUCGUGAGCGAGUGGACGCUCAGCGAGGACCUCUCGAUCAUACAGACGGAGAUCAUUGAUAGCCUUGACGCCUAUUUCAAGUCGAAGCCGCUCACCGAGAGCAUCCUCCAGAAGCUCUUUGUUGGUGAGCUGCUGGAACGCUUCGAGCCGCUGGCCGACCUGGAGGACGAGCCUCUGUACACUGCCAUCCGAGAUCUGAUGGCGACCGUCGUCGAGUUUUUGGACCUGCUUGUUGCGGUGCACGGCGGAGACGGCUCGGGCGAGGCCUCCAACCUCAUCAACCGCUUGCGGCUGAUGGAGUUCCUGCGCGACAUGCAGAAGGAGGAAAUCUUUGUGCGCUAUGUGCAUCAGCUCGCUGAUCUGCAGGCCAGCGCGAGAAACCACACCGAAGCCGGCCUGGCCCUGCGUCUGCAUGCUGACCUCUACGACUGGGAUCCUGUCCGGACGACACCUGCACUAGUAGACCCGGCGUAUCCUCCUCAAUCCCAUUUUGAACGGAAAGAGCGCAUCUACUUUGACAUGAUCAAGUACUUUGAGGACGGCGAGGCGUGGAGUAGUGCUCUCGCUGCGUACAAGGAGCUCGAGGUGCAGUACGAGUCGAAUGUGUUCGACUUUGCGAAGCUGGCCAGAACCCAGCGCGCGGUCGCGACCAUCUACGAGACGAUUGCCAAGAGCGAGAAGCUGGUGCCCAAGUUUUAUAGGGUCGUCUUCAAGGGCCUCGGGUUCCCGGCCAGCCUGAGGGACAAGGAGUUCAUCUACGAAGGCUGGCCGAACGAACGGGCAUCCGGGUUCACAGACCGCAUCCAGGAACAAUUCCCGUCGGCCCAGAUCAUGACCAGCGAUCACAUCGACGACAUCGAGGGGCAGUUCCUCGUCAUCUCCUCGGUCAGCCCCCACCGCGACCUGACACACCAAGUCUUCCAGCGGGCCCGGGUCCCGCAGAUCACCAGGGACUACAUCAUGUCUGCGCACCCACAGAAGUUCUCCGUCUCGACCAAGAGACAUACAAGCGGCCCUCCCCAAGACCAUUAUGCCGAGAAGACCGUGUACACCACAGUGGAAGCGUUCCCUACGAUCCUGCGCCGCAGCGAGAUUGUAAGCACGGAGGAGGUGCACCUCGGACCCAAGGAGGCGGCGCUGGAGCGCAUCGUGCGCAAGACGCAGGAGAUGACCGCGGUGGAGAAGAAGGUCGUGGACGGAGACAAGAGUGACGAAGUCGCCCAGCUGCUGGUGGACGCCAUCAGCAUCAGCGUCAAUCCCGAGUCAGAGAACAGCGUCAUUGUGUAUCGUCAACUGCUCCCUACCAGCACGAACCCAGCUUCAUCAGACGGUGGUGAAGAUGCGGAGGAUCUCGAUGAGGACUUGGUUGAGCACCAACCGCCCGAGCUGGACUACCAAGAGAGUGCAAUCAAGAUGGCGCUGAUCGACCACGCCAUUAUGAUCAAACGGUGCCUUGCUACGUUCGCGAAGAGCUCGAACCAAAUCCUCGUCAGGGCGCAUUGGGAUCUGCAGAAGUACUUUGAAGCAGCCUUUGCGCCUGAGAUCGAAGUAUUCACUCCGCCGCAGGUACUUCCUAUUAAUCCACCGCUGUCACCGACCGUCGUGUCUCCAACCACACCGAGGCACCAUCAGCAUCACUCCAGUGUCAUGUCCGCAAGCAACGGAGCAGUCGAGGUGAACACCGUGCAACCAGUGUCAUUACGCCAAAGCCGUGGUGCACGGCUGAGCUUCCUUGGGGGACGUAAGAAGGACCCUUCAACAUCCGCCGCGCACAUGAGCACGAACGGCGUCCAGCACCCCAUCCCCGAGACGACCAAAGACGACAGCGCGCCUGUCGCGACAGAGGAAUCCUGGAGAAAGAGUGUCUUCCCGUCGUCACAAUCCUACGAGAACCAGCGGCCGAGCCCAGGAGGCUACGGCGUGUCGACGAGCGCGAGCAACGGCACGCUACCCCAUGGCCCACUGUCUAGAUCGGGUACAGAUACGAGCGACUGGGUGACGGAUUCUGGCGGAAGCAGUCAUGCAAGCUACGAUACCAAUGCGCUCUCGGGCACGCUGGUCAACUCCAUCGAUAGGGAGCGAGAGAGCGUUGGGGGUACGGGAACGCCCAAGCUCGGCAGCGUGAAGCGGAGGCUUAGCCUGCUGAAGCUGGGCGGGAAGAAGACCAAGAGCCUUGCGAUGAUGGGAGCUUUGAAUGAGGAGUGAAGAGGGCCGUAUCUGGCUAUUUCUCUUUCACACGCUGAGUGGACCUGACACGACGACUACUUUUAAAAAAAAAAAAAAAAAAAAGAGACGGCUCUUCUGUUGAUACUGCACUCUGCCAUCAUCCUCAGGGCCCCUUUGGCUCGACGGGCCAGAGGAGAGAGGGCCUUCAGGAUAGUAGUGGAUUUGGACAUAAAGGGAGAGGGUGUAGGAUAAUUUUUGUUGGGAAAGUGUUAAGAAGCUUCUUGUCAGGUUUGGAAAUAUAGUGUGAGGACUGGCGGAAAACCCCUUUGCGAAUGAAUCCCUUUGAUUGGGCGCAAACUUGGUCGGUUGAUUGGAUUGUUUAAAAUGCGAUCGAGGCCGUGUGUAUAAAGAUGGCUGGAAGGGGGGGGAUGAGACAGAAAAGGGUGGCAGGCACUGGGAGGCCAAUGUAUUAUUAUCAUCAUUACUCUUUUUUCUUUCUUUUCGUUUUUCGUCUUCUUUCUUUCCUUUUUUCUCUUGUCGGAUUCUGAUGAGCGCCGUUUAGAUACCACCAAAACAACAAAACACAGCCUUUGACUUCUUCGGCGAAUCCGCGACGAACGAGUUAUGAACGAGGAGGCUGCGAAUAAAUAUCCGUUAUUUAUC